AUGCAGUUGCUGCUGGUCAAAAGGCAAACUGCUAUUUUUACAAAGGACUACAUUCUAGAUGAAAGUCAAGUUAAAUUAGUGAGGAAAUUACGUUCUGUAGGGAUGAAAAGGAACCUUUAUAGACUCGGUGACAUCAGUCUGCGCAUCCAUAAUUACAGCCCGCAUGCUAUUACACAGCAGCCUUGCACAAAAGCUCACGAGGUCCUGGGAGAAUCAUCCAGGCCUACAGCGAGCUGCAUCGCAGAAAAUGCAGAUCUCUUCACAGGUGGUGACAGUGGAUUGGAUGGGUUAGGAGGACCAGGAGUACAACUUGGAAGCCCUGAUAAGAAAAAGCGCAAAGCAAAUACACAGGGGUCAUCAUUUCCUCCUCCAUCUGAAUAUGCUCCACCUCCGAAUCCAAGCUCUGACCACCUUGUAGCUGCAAAUCCAUUUGAUGACAACUAUAAUACUGUGUCCUACAAACCACUUCCUUCAGGAAAUCCGUAUUUUAGUAAUCCUGGGUAUCCUGGCUUUGGAGGCUAUAACACUUUCAGAAUGCCACCUCACAUGCUGCCCAGAGUGUCCUCGCCAUAUGGUGGUUCUUACUCCCUCAGAAACCAACCGCAUCCGCUUCCUCAAAACCCUGUGGGAAUGGGUUUUAGUCGACCCCACUCUUUCAGCUUUGGUCCACAUGAUAACCCAGGUUUUGGGAAUCAACCACCUUAUAGUAGUGGUCAGAUAAAUCAAAAUGUCAGUAUGCCUGGUCAGCAUUUCAGACCAAACCCUGGUGAGAACUUUGGCCAUUCUGGUCAGAUACCUCACCCUGACGUGCCAUCUAACUUUGGUCCUGGAAACAAUCCAAACUUCCCAAAUUCUCAGCUAGAGUCAAACCAUUCUUUUGUUCCUCCACCAAGCACGUACAACCAGACAAAAUCGUCAGCACAAAAGCAAGAGUUUAGUCAAGGUGCAAGCAAAGCAUCCAGCCAGAACACUGCUGCACAUCAGCAUCAUCACAGGACAGAGGACAUUGUGAGUCAAGGUAACAGUGACCUAAAAAAUGUUACUCGAAACAAUGUGGUAAAUCAGGAUAAUAGCCAUUCUAAUAGUGCUGAUAACACUACUGCUGGUCAUUCAAAUGGAACUCAGAGUAAGUCUCGCCAGCCUCGAGGUACUGUUGAAGGAUGCAACUCUGAGAAGAGCAGCAAAACACCCCUUCAUCCCAGUCGUCACGGUCACUCGUCCUCUGAACCCGUCUAUCCGUGUGGAAUUUGUACACAUGAAGUUAAUGAUGACCAGGAUGCCAUCCUGUGUGAAGCCUCUUGUCAAAAAUGGUUUCAUCGGAUCUGUACAGGCAUGACUGAGUCAGCUUAUGGCCUUCUUACAGCAGAAGCAUCAGCAGUAUGGGGUUGUGAUACUUGCAUGGCUGACAAAGAUGUCCAGUUAAUGCGUACAAGAGAGACUGCAGGACCGCCUCCAUUGAAUACGGAUGGCUAACGUGAAUUGGUGGUAGUGGCUGAAAUAAGUGCUAUGAAGAUUUGGUUACAAAUUGGGUACUUCACUUUCUGCAGACAAUCAGUUGUGUUUGAGUGCAGUCAUCUUUUUUGCCCUAAUCUGUUUUCAUUCGUAAACUUCCAUCUCAGCUUUUGUAUUCCUAGUUUUAUGUGUGCAAAUGUUUUACAGGAUGGAAUACUUUUUGUUUCUGAUUAAACUGUAAAACAUAACUGACAGCUGAUCAGAAGUAGGAUGUGCAUUGACAAUUUUAUUGAAGGCAAAAAUGUGCCUGUAUGAAUAGUCCCUAAUUUGCUAGUGUUAACGUGUUAACCAACACUAGCAUUUAGUGCUUGGUUUUAAUGGUACUAUAUUUGCAGGUACUCAUUACCUUUUUUUGAGGGGGGAGGGGGUGAAUGUCCAUUACGAUGUUCUUGCUAUCCUUUUUUUGAAUAUAGUGGAGAUGACAUGGACGAAUGUGCAGUACUAAUAGUUUUUCCUUUAGGAUAAAUACAGAGGAUUU